ACCAACACUUAAUAUAACUUACGCAAUAUGAUAUCUAAAAAAAAUGUUAAUAAUUUAUAUGUAAUUCUAUGUUCCUUUCUUAUAGUGCCCAUUGGUCCACCGCAAUCUCUUUAUGGCAAUUUUAACGAUUCACACAGCAUAAAAGUCAACUGGUCCGAAGUUGCUAGUGAAGAACGCAAGGGUGUUAUUACGCAAUAUCUUGUAAUUUGUAUGUCAAUGGAAUCCGUUGAAAUGGAAAGACAGAAUGUUUCUGCUAACUCGGAAAUGACUGCUCUAUUUGGUGGACUGGACACAUACACUCUGUAUAAUGUCACAGUUGCAGCUUACACAAAGAUUGGACUGGGUCCAUCCAGUUCUCCUGUAACAGUUCGGACAGGAGCUGAUAGGCCAUUAUUUCCACCAGUUAAUUUUAUUGGAUACAACACCAGUUCAACUUCUAUCUAUAUAUCCUGGGAAGACAUACCUGAAGAAGCAUGGGCAGGUAUCAUUGGUGACUUUAGAUUGAUCAUUCAGUCAUUGAAAGAACCAAACGAAAUAACUAUCAACGAUAUUGUGCGAGAUGAUUUUACUGCAGAAUCGUUUAGCUACGAAGCAACUGAUCUUUCCAUUUUCACCCGCUACAACAUCUCCAUUGCUUGCUUCAAUAAAAAAGGGAUAUCGGAUUUUGCAAGUAUCGUAGUAACUACAGAGGAGUCAGUUGCUAUAAUGCCACCACCUAACGUACGGGCCAUUGCAAACAAAUCCAAUAAAAUUGAGGUAUCCUGGGAUUUGCCAUUAGCAGAGAACGUACCAGGUAUUAUAAGAACAUAUACCAUCAGAUUGCAAGCAAUAUACGAAGCAGAGGAUUUAAGAAUUGGACUAGGUUCAACGUCAACUAGACGGCGAAGAGGUAUGUCCUGUUUGGUUUGUUGUGAAGACCAGUAUUGCAAAGGAUUGGAUUUUUCAAUGUAAGUAGAUUGACUCCUACAUUUGAUUUCCUGUACAUCUAAGUAAUUACAUCUAUUGCAUUGACACAAAAGAUCAAUUUUUGAUUAAAAACCUUUAUGUAUUCCAGGCACA